GCAACAAUCCAAGAUGAUGAACUCCGUAUAAUUUCUCCUUAAUUUCCUUCUUCCGGAGGCUUUUGAAUAUUUUCUCUUCUUGAUAUUAGCUAGCCACACAAAUCUUUUAAUCUCUAUCAUAUAUAUCUAAAGCUCUUGCCUUUUCGUCCUGCAUAUAUGUAUAUAUGUUAUUACCAAUUAAAGGUAUAUAUAUAUAUAUGUAUAUGUAGGGUACUGUAUAGAACUAUCUAAAGACGUGGUUUCCCAUUUGAUCAAGAUGAAAAAGUUGAGAGCUAGAAAUUAAUUAGUUUCAGGAGGAUGGGUAUGUUGUUAAAUAGUUAUAUAGUAGUGAGUAUUAUAGUCGGCGUUCAUGUUUUUGAGCAAGUGCAUGCAGACGGAGGAUGUAAUAUUUACAGAGGGAGAUGGGUUUAUAAUCCUUUAUAUCGACCUGCUUAUAAUGCGACGUCGGAUUGUCCAUUCAUAGAAGCGGAGUUCAAUUGCCUUAACAAUGGUAGACCAGAUCAGCAAUAUCUCCAUUAUAAAUGGCAGCCCUAUUCGUGCAUUUUGCCAAGAUUCAACGGCAGAAAUUUAUUAAGAAGAUUAAGGGGGAAAAAGAUGAUGUUUGUUGGAGAUUCAUUGAGUCUGAAUCAAUGGCAGUCGCUGACAUGCAUGCUUUACAAAGCAAUACCUGGUGCCAAGUAUAGCUUAACGAGACAAGGACCCCUUUCUACCUUCACAUUCCCCGCGUACAACGUGUCAUUGAUGUACAAUCGCAAUGCGUUUCUUGUUGAUAUUGUAUUUGAGAAGAAAGCACGUGUUCUUAAACUCAACUCAAUGAAUGGUGGAGUUUCUUGGAAAGGAGUUGAUGUUUUGAUUUUCAAUUCUUGGCACUGGCGGCUUCACACGGGAAGAAAACAGCCAUGGGAUUUCAUUCAAGAUACGAACAAGACAUAUAAAGACAUGAACCGCAUGGUGGCCUAUGAGAAAGCACUAAAGACAUGGGCUAGAUGGGUGAAUUCAAAUUUGGACCUUACUAAAACCAUGGUAUUUUUUCAGGGUGUCUCCCCUGAUCAUAUGAACUCAAAUGAGUGGGGAGAUCCAAGUCAAAAGACUUGCAAACAAGAGACAAGACCAGUUAAUGGGUUCAAGUAUCCAGGAGGUGCACAUCCUGUGGGUGUUUGGUUGUAA